CCCGAGUGACACGUCGCAAAUUCAGCAUAAUCAACGAGAACCUUUCCAGGUGGUGGUCUCUGAAAUUGCUCAGUGAGCACCCCUAAUUAACCUGAUUUUUUGGUGAUAAUCACUCACAAUGGAAUCAAAUCAAAAAUCCGGGGAUGGAUUGGCCGGCACACAGAAAGAAGCUGCCCUCCGCUCAUUAAUUCAGCGCACAGGAUAUAGUUUGCUUCAGGAAAAUGGGCAACGAAAGUAUGGAGGGCCGCCACCAGGUUGGGAUGGACCACCACCAGAGCGAGGAUGUGAAAUUUUCAUUGGAAAAUUACCCCGAGACCUCUUUGAAGAUGAACUUAUACCAUUAUGUGAAAAAAUUGGUAAAAUCUAUGAAAUGCGGAUGAUGAUGGAUUUCAAUGGAAAUAACAGGGGCUAUGCUUUCGUAACAUUCUCCAACAAACAGGAGGCUAAGAAUGCAAUUAAACAACUGAACAAUUAUGAAAUCAGGAACGGUCGACUCCUAGGGGUUUGUGCCAGUGUAGACAACUGCCGUUUAUUUGUAGGAGGAAUCCCCAAAAACAAGAAAAGGGAAGAAAUUUUGGCAGAGAUGAAGAAAGUUACAGAUGGUGUUGUCGACGUCAUUGUGUACCCCAGUGCAGCGGAUAAAGCCAAAAACCGUGGAUUUGCCUUUGUGGAGUAUGGAAGCCACCGGGCAGCAGCUAUGGCAAGACGAAAACUGCUACCAGGAAGGAUUCAAUUAUGGGGGCAUCCCAUAGCUGUAGACUGGGCAGAACCAGAGGUUGAAGUUGAUGAAGAUACAAUGUCAUCAGUCAAAAUCCUCUAUGUGAGGAAUCUCAUGUUAUCAACUGCUGAAGAGACAAUUGAAAAAGAAUUCAACAGCAUUAAACCAGGGUCAGUGGAACGAGUAAAGAAAAUCAGAGACUAUGCAUUUGUGCACUUUAAUAACCGGGAAGAUGCACUGGAAGCCAUGAAAGUCUUAAAUGGGAAGGUACUGGAUGGCUCUCCCAUUGAAGUCACAUUAGCCAAACCAGUAGACAAAGACAGCUACGUCAGAUACACCAGAGGCACAGGAGGGAGAGGAACAAUAUUGCCAGAAUAUACCUACACGUUUGGGCAUGUAUAUGACCCUGCUGCGGCCUACCUGGGUGCUCCAGUAUUCUAUGCACCUCAAGCCUAUGCUGCUAUUCCUAACCUUCCUUUUCCUGCUGCUAAAGGGCAUCUUGCCAACCGGGGCAUUCUUAGGCCUCCAUCUAUUCGAGAAAUUUACAUGAAUGUACCUGUAGGGGCUGCUGGAGUUAGAGGACUAGGAGGUCGUGGCUACCUGACUAAUCCUGCCUUGGGUCGUGGGUACCAGCUCAAAGGAGAGAAAAGAGGCGAGGACAAACUGUACGACCUUUUGCCAGGAAUGGAGCUUACGCCAAUGAAUCAUGUCAGCUUAAAACCUCAAGGAAUUAAACUUGCUCCACAGAUCCUGGAAGAGAUCUGUCAGAAGAAUAACUGGGGACAGCCUGUCUAUCAGCUUCAUUCUGCCAUUGGACAAGACCAAAGACAAUUGUUCUUGUAUAAAAUCACUAUUCCUGCCCUUGCCAGUCAAAAUCCUGCAAUGCAUCCCUUCACACCACCUAAGCUGAGUGCAUAUGUAGAUGAAGCCAAAACAUAUGCAGCAGAAUAUACUUUGCAGAUAUUGGGCAUUCCCACAGAGGGUACAGAGACACCUGCGGCUACAGCAGCUUUUCCAGGAUACAUUCCUAACGCAGCUGCUACGGUGGCAGCCACUCAGCUCAAGCAAGCGGUGACUCUAGGACAAGAUUUGGCAACCUACACAGCAUAUGAAGCCUAUCCAGCAUUUGCAGUAGCUACACGGAGUGACGGAUAUGGAGCUUUUUAAAAAGAUACUCCUCUAUAUUUAAAGCAGUGUUCUACCCCCCACCCUCUGCCUUGCUUUAAUCAAGGUGUGGCAGGGGCUACAUCAGGCUAAUGAUUAAGCUAAGUUCAGUGAUUUAGAAUUAAUAAUUGGGCAGAUUCUGAUACAGCAUGGCUGGGGAUUUCUUUGCUUUUGGAUUAACAAUGUAAUAAUGAUAAAUAAUGAUAGGCAUAGAUACCUGUUUUUGAAGCCUUCAAAUGUUUUUCUGAUACUCAGAGUAUGAGGAGAAGAAAAGGUGCAUUGUUUGGUUUGUGUUUAUGAACAAUGAGCCUCGGUGGCCAUUUUCAAUAGUAUUUUUUAAAUGUGUAAAUACUUUGGAAGCUGUGAAACUAUUAUAUUUCUCUUAUUCCCUUUCUUCUGUAAAGCAUUUUAUACAGUUGAGGAUCUUGCAUGUAAUGGAAUGAAAGUUUUAUUCUUAGGACCAAUAAUAAUUUGAAAAAGGAAAGCUCUGUUAGCUUGUUGAAGCAAAAACCACAAUGACUCUGAUGACACCUGAAAGACUAAUACGUUAUGUGUUUGUUGUUUUGUAAGUUUUUUUUGGCGUAAGGCUACCAAGUAUUAUUUGGUAGUACUCUUCUCUGGACUGUAGUCUCUCUCAUCUGAUGCUUCCGGCACAUCCGAGGACGUGGGGGCUACAGCUUAUGCAAGCUUAGGCCAAAUAAAACCUGACAGUCUUUAAGGUGCCGCAGAACUCUUUGUUGCUUUACAGACAAGUAAGAUGCAAUGUUAAAACAUUUAAAUGCAUUCAAUAUAUCUGUUUAAAAUAUCAGCAGUGGCCACUGAGGGAGUAAGAGGCUAAGGGUCACCCUUUGUUUCCCAGUUUAAGGCAAUCUUUCCUGCAAAUCUGCUCUUUCCUUAGACCAUGAGUUCCCAAAGGAAGGGUUUAACUCACCUUCUACAGCUGUCCCAGUCACGGCCCUAUGUAACAAUUAGAUACAUUGUUAGCAUUAUUCGUGUCCCUUGGUGUCUAUUUUUUUAAAAUAUUCACAUUAAAAAGAAAGACACAUUUCAUGUAACAACAGUAGGUUUCAUGUGUCACAGGCUACAAGCCAUGACAAUCACAGGCUACAAUCCAUGACAAAAUUCAAUACUUCAUCCAUUUCAAUUUGGUUUUACAUCCUGUUGAAUUCCUUCGGACCUGUUCCCUGAUAAGUAUAUAGAACUUCAGAAAAUAUGUGCUUCGCUCUAUUGAAGUAAACUGAUUCACUGACUUUCAGAAAAGUCUGUACUGUAUUGGAUUGGGCAUAUUUUGCACUAGAAAACUAAUACAGUAGUGAAACCCAUACCUAUCCAGCCAGAGGUAAACCCCACAUGAUUUUUCCCCUGCUCAUUGUCUAUGGGGUUGCAGCCUUAAAAAGAAGGGAUUUUCAAAGGAACAAACAAGAUUACUGCCAUGUACAAAGUAUUAGUAUUAUGAGAAUCACAGGUUUCAUUGUUUUUAAAAAAAAAUCUGAAAGAAAACAGUGGCUAUUGUUGAUGUUGGGAAGGGGAAUUCAAUAAAAGUGGGCAGUGAUAUUCGAAGACAAACACAUUUAUUUCCAUUUUCAGUUUCAGAUCUUAGGGUGUGUUUUUAACAAUUAUAUUGAAGUUGAUGGCUUUUAAUAUCCAAGGAAGCUAUGCUGCAUAAUCCUAUGUAUCUUUACUCAGAAGCAAAGUCCACUGUGUUAAAUUAUGCUCGGUUGUGAAUGACACAAGUCACUUCUGAUUGCAAUAUUGGGUUCAUAUUGCUUUUGUUUUCACCCUUUGUGUAUUUCUAAGCCAAAUAGGAAGAAGCCUUCAUUACACAAAAAUUACAUUUGGCACUAAGCAGGACAGUGUGGUGUGUUUUUUGUUUGUUUGUUUUUUAUGAGCAGUCGUCCUUACUGAAAAUUGAACAAAUUAUUUUACAGUGGUUGAUUUGAGCAUGGAUUUCAUGGAGGAUAAAUUGCUUCCUUUUCUUGACGUAAAACAGCUGGGGGAAAGACAAUCAGUUUUGGUGUCUUUGAAUAUUAAGCCGAAAUGUAAAUACUGCUGUAAAGAAGCCAUCUUCAAUGCAAAAAAAAAAAAAAA